AUGCCUGAAUUCCCAGACCCGGAUCAUACAUCUGCGGCAGAUCGUGCAGAGUGUCGUCUCAUAAUUAAACAUUUCGAAGAACAAAUUUUAGAACUCGAAGCUGAACAUCAGCAGCUACAGCAGCUUGAAGCUGGAGUGAGGAGACGGCUUGACAUGUACUCUUACCCCUUCAACUCGCUGCCACCUGAAAUCAUUGAGGAGAUAUUCCUUCAGCUGGCGUCUGAUUACCCUUUCUGCCCAAACUUCAACCCGACAACUUUGCUGCUGGUCUGUCGCCAUUGGAGGGAUAUAGUACUCGUGCUUCCUCGUCUUUGGCGGGCUAUCGAUGCCUCUCGUCUCUCUGACGAGGCUGUUCUCAGUAUUUGGUUUCAGCGCUCCCGCGACUUGCCGAUUUCGGUCGAGUUCGGGGCCACUGUCCCUGCCGACUUCAUCCGCCCUUCUGUCGUUCAUAUGAACAGAUUGGAACAUAUUCGAGCUCGAUAUGAUUCUACGGUCAUCAUGUCACUGCUCAGCGGUUCUUUGCCGCAACUUAGAUACCUGGAGCUUUUUGACCACACCCUCGGACUGGGUGGACUGGCACUCACUGCUGCCAACGCGCCGCUUCUUCGAGCGGUGACAAUGUGGUACCCUUUUUCCGGCAUCCCCGAAAGCCUUCUUCCUUGGGCCCAGCUCACCGCACUCACUCUCGUGCUUCAACCAUUCGAUAUUUGCACCAGCAUCCUCCAACGUACGCCUCAAUUGCUCUACUGUCACCUUGUGCUUUCUGGUGGAUCGGUACCAGACAACCAUCCGACACUAACGGUACCAGCCCUGCAGUCGCUGACCAUCAGCCGUUUUUCUGCCAAUGACACUGAGGGCGAUCUCGUGACCGAUUAUAUCUGGUUUCUACGUCUUCCUGCGCUCAAAAAAUUACGCGUCUGCGAGCUGGCGAUACGACCAAGUCCUUUCAACGCAAUCAAAGAUUUCCUCACGAGAUCAGGUUGCACACCCGAGAUUUGUAUCACAGGAGGCCAAACACAAACAUCCCUUACUUUCGGCACGGAUUGCCCAGUCUGGUAUGACGACGAUCCUGACGAGUUCAUGGAUGAGCUGGAGCAGAAGCUUUCUCGUAAAAAUAUGGUUCAUUAUGCGUACAAGUCACCUUGA